AUGCCCAAAAACCAUCCAGAAUCUUCACUAACAGUGGAACAACUAGCCGCAACGAAAGAGAAGAUUCUGGAAAAAAUAGUGGAGCUGGAUCCAAAGGCAACAAUUAGGCCUAAAUUCAGUAACCUACAAUUCAGACCAGGUUGGAUGCUUCUAUCUUGUGCUGACAAAGCCACAGUUGAGUGGCUUAAAAGCAUAAUUCAGGAGCUGCAGCCACAGGAGGGUAUCUCGCUGAGACUGGAAGAGGAAAGCAAUAUUCCUCACUCCGAGAUCUUUGUGACAUAUCUUCCUGAUAGUCUGAACACCACGAAUGCAAAAAUUCUUCGAUUCUUAGAGGUCCAAAAUGAAGACCUCAACUCACAGAAUUGGAGAGUUGUAAGAAGGGUUGACAAAGGCCCUACUGUAGAGCUCACUCUUUCAAUGGACCCUAACCCCGCUGAAAGGGUGAAACAAAAUGGCUAUAAAGCCAACUAUAAAUUUGGCCAGGUAAGAAUAUUACCAAAAAAAGGCCAUCCAAAACCUAGUGAGCCAGAAGCUGCUUCAACUAGUGAAGCAGCAAAAAUGGCCACAAAAAGGGGGCCCAGGAAAAGGGCCCUGCGAAGUUCAAAAAGGAUCAGAUAA